AUGCACAUUCUUGUUACAAACGAUGACGGCCCACCCUCCAACCAAUCAUCGCCGUAUGUCCAUAGUUUCGUCAGAAGCCUCCAAGCUGCGGGACAUACUGUCUCUGUCGUCCUUCCGCAUAUCCAGCGCAGCUGGAUAGGCAAAGCGCACAUAAUCGGGAAAACUCUGAUACCCAGCUACUUUCGGCCAGGAACACUGCACAAAGAUGACGGGGUGACUUCUCAUCACCCUUUCGAAGACGGCAAGGAAGAAUGGGUCUUGAUCGAUGGGACACCAGCGAGCUGUGUACAGAUAGGACUCUGGCAUCUGUUUCAAGACCGAGGCCCUGUUGAUCUUGUGGUAUCAGGCCCGAAUUAUGGCAGAAAUACUACCGCGUUGUUCUCACUGAGUAGUGGGACUAUUGGAGGGGCUUUGGAGGCUGCUGUGUGCGGCCAAAAAGCUAUAGCGCUCAGCUAUGCUUUUGAAAGCAGAGAGCAUGAUCCCGAAAUCAUUGCUGCGGCGUCUCAAGUGUCGCAAAAACUGAUAGAGAAGCUGACACAGGAUUGGCCGGAGGAUGUGCACCUCUACAGCAUCAAUGUACCUUUGCGAAAUAAUGUUGCGGAGGCAAAGAUCUUGUACACGAAUGUGCUGCAGAACAGAUGGACGACUGGGAGCUCUUUUGAGGAAGCUGAAGUGGAGGAAGAGGUGGAUCCGGCUGAACAGGAAAAAGAGAUACGUGAAGGAGAGCGGAAUGGAACAAAUGGAGCAGACGAGAGCUCCGUGGCCAGGCGGAAACAGAAGAGAUUCAAAUGGGCUCCCAAAUUUACUGAUGUGCAUGAAUCGGUAAGAGCAGCAGGUCCCGGCAACGAUGGUUGGGCAGUAAAGGAAGGGAUAGUAAGUGUGACCCCUCUCAAAGCCAACUUCUGGCAUGUCCCGAACAUCAAAGGAGAAAUAAAGCUGUCGUCCACGACGUCCAUUUCUGGGGAUCAGAUUCUGGCAUCAUCAUCCAUGCCGAAGCUAUAUGCUAUAAUCGACUACCCAGAUCCAUACGUCCAGCCAUUGAUUCUCAGUGCAAUCAGAUCAGAAUUGAAAGAUCUGGAUGUCAAGCUCAUAUCCUCGGUUCAGCAGCUCCCAUCUUUGGCCUCACCUCUUCUCCAAUACAGAGACUAUGAAUCCCUGGAUUUUGAGCAUGCACUCGAUCAACCCAGAUCAUCGCUUCUCUGCGCAUACGUGGUACGAAAGGCUCUAAUUCGCAAGCAUUAUCUCUCCAACACAAUCUCGACAUGGCUGGUAAAGCAUCCACAGAGCCCGCUGAAAACACACUUCAAAGCAGCCGUCAACUUCGAAUUGGAUUAUGCUGAUUUUCUGGAUGAGGCUCUGGUAGAUGCUUGGGAUCUGAAUGAUAGUAUGACGCGCAACGAAGCACGGGGAAAUGAUAAUGGAAACAAAGAAUGGUGGAUCUUGAAGCCUGGGAUGAGUGACGGAGGGAACGGGAUCAGGCUGUUUUCUAGCAUGCAACAACUACAGAGCAUUUUCGAAGAAUGGGAAAGGGACGAAGACAACUCCGGAGGAGAACAGGAAGAAGAAAAGGAAGAAAAAGAGCAGUUUCACUCACCAAGUUCAGGUAACAAAGUACCCACAUCAGCAUCUUAUGGUGGCACUAUGACUUCUCAGCUACGCCAUUUCAUCGCUCAACCGUACAUUGAUCCGCCUCUGCUCCUUCCAAGCAGAGAAAACCGCAAGUUCCACGUCCGGGUCUAUUGUCUUGCGGUUGGUGCACUGAAGGUGUACGUGUACAAGGAAAUGCUGGCGCUGUUUGCCGCGAAAGCCUACCAACUCCCAUCCCACCUGGAAGUUGAUCUACCAUGCCACCUGACCAACACAUGCCUCCAAGAUGGUCCAAGUCGAGAAGGAUUUGUUGCCCGAUACUGGGAUCUCGAGGAUGCGACCCAUGGCCCCGAUUGGAAAGAGAAGGUAUUCGAGCAAAUUUGCGAGGCUACGGCAGCGGUCUUCGAGGCUGCAGCAAGGGAGCAGAUGAUAAAUUUUCAGACUCUGCCUAAUGCGUUCGAGGUGUUUGGAAUAGACUUCCUUGUCGACUCCUUUUUGAGAGCCUGGCUUUUAGAAAUAAAUGCAUAUCCAGACUUCAAGCAGACUGGACAGCAACUACAGGAUACAAUCAUUGGUGGGCUCUUCCGCCAGGUGAUGAAGGUUGCAGUCCGACCGUUCUUCGACAAGGAAGCAGAAGACAAUGAUAGCCAGGGCAGUAGUGAGAUGCGGCUUGUUAAAGACAUGGACAUGGGUAGACGAUAA